AGGAACAAAACAAGGAAGAGCUCACAAGCAGUCAGGUCUGUGUCGGUGUGUGUUCACUCCCCCACUUUGAACCUUGGAAUUGAACGAGAAAGGGAGCUGACCUUGUUGGUGGGGGUCUCAGCAUGGAGAUGGACGUCCCAGAGUCUCCUCAAGGGAACAUGGGGCUGCUAAGGACCUUUGACUUUACUGAGUUCAGCUCCUGGGAGAAGAUAGGCUCAGGUGGAUUUGGACAAGUAUACAAAGUACGGCAUGUGAAGUGGAAAACAUGGUUGGCUAUCAAGUGCCCUCCCUGUCUUCAUGUGGACGAAAAGGAGCGCUCAGAGCUGCUUGAGGAGGCCAAGAAGAUGGAGGCAGCCAAGUUCCGCUACAUCCUGCCUGUGUACGGGAUCUGUGACGACCCCCACGGCCUCGUCAUGGAGUACAUGGAGAUUGGCUCCCUGGAGACCCUGCUGGCCACCAGCCCGCUGCCCUGGGAGCUCCGCUUCCGCAUCAUCCACGAGACAGCGGUGGGGAUGAACUUCCUGCACUGCAUGGAUCCACCUCUUCUCCACCUGGACCUGAAGCCGGCCAACAUCCUGCUGGACGCUCAUUAUCACGUGAAGAUAUCUGAUUUUGGAUUGGCCCGGUGGAACGGCCUGUCACGGGCCGAGGAUGACAUCAGCAGGGAGGGUUUCUGCGGAACCAUCGCCUACCUUCCUCCUGAGAGAAUCAUAGAGAAGCUCAGGGUGUCAGACACCAAGCACGACGUGUACAGUUUUGCUAUUGUGAUAUGGGGAGUCCUCACACAGAAGAAACCAUAUCAAGAUGAGCCGAGCAGAGAAAACAACAUCCUCCAGAUUAUGGUGAAAGUGGUGAAAGGGGUUCGUCCAGACCUGGGGGCAGUUCCACGAUGUCGUCCAAACACCUGUGAUGGUUUCCUGAGCCUGAUGCAGCGAUGCUGGGCAACAAAUCCAGAUGACAGACCCAGUUUUCAGGAAAUUACCUCUGAAGCUGAGGAGCUGUGCUCUAAACCUCAGGAGGAACCCAAAACCCCAACGUUACGGUCAUCCUCAGAACCAGAGCCCAUGUCUCCAAACUCAUCCACCAGCAAUGAGGGUAAGGAUGCCAAACCCGUGCGGCCAAAGUCAGCCAUGUUGCCGGAAAAAGAUGACAGCCUGUCAAAGCUGUUGAGCCAGGUUGAUUCUGGCAUUUCAAGAAGCUUCGACCGAGUGAAGGAAGACAGUUGUCAAAGCAGGGAGAGCACAUCCAAGAGACUAUCCGCCAUUUCCUCUGCAGAUUCAGCGUUCUCCUCCCAGGACUCCAUCACUCUGUCCUUUGAGAAAGAAAGCACGAUUGAUUCUGCUGAGGUCCAGAAACGAAAAUUGUGUGAGGCCAUAAGGACCAAAGAUACGGCCAAGCUGAUGAAGAUCCUGCAGCCUCAGGAUGUUGAUCUUGUCCUUGACGAUGGAGGAAGCCUGCUUCAUCACGCCAUCGCCUUGGAUAAUGAGGAAGCCGUCAAAUUCCUUCUUUUGAACAACGCCAAUCCCAAUCUUCCAAACACCCGUGGCUCCACUCCGCUCCACCUGGCCACAGAAAAGCAUCAAAAGCCGCUGGCUGAGCUUCUGCUUGGGAGGCGCAGCAUGAACGUCAACGCCAAAGAUGAGGACCAGUUCACAGCUCUGCACUGGGCAGCCCAGAAUGGAGAUGAGGCCAUCGCACGUCUCCUCCUGGAUCGUGGCGCAGCUAUCAACGAGACAGAUGGACAAGGACGUACGCCGGCUCACGUUGCAUGUCAGCAUGGCCAGGAGAAUGUGAUUAGGGUGCUGCUGAGCCGUGGGGCUGAUGUUCAAAUCAAGGGGAAAGACAACUGGACCGCGCUCCAUUUUGCCGCCUGGCAGGGCCAUCUGGGUAUCGUAAAACUGCUGGUGAAGCAGGCGGGCGCUGAUGUGGAUGGCCAGACAUCAGAUGGCCGCACUUCCCUGCAUCUGGCAUCUCAGAGGGGGCAGUACAGAGUGGCACGGAUCCUAAUUGAGCUCGGAGCAAGUGUCCAUUUGACGUCAGUGGGGUUAAACACGCCGCUGCACGUCGCAGCCGAGACGGGUCACACAAGCACCUCUCGCCUUUUGAUUAAACACAAGGCAGACAUGCACGCCCAGAACACUCAGGGACUCACACCGCUCCACCUGGCCUGUCAGCGAGGUCACCUGGCUACAGUCAAGAUGCUGAUUGCCGAGGGGGCAGACCCCUCCAGACCCAGCCAAACUCUGUGCACCCCCUGUCACCUGGCAGCUGGGAGUGGACACUGUGAGGUUCUGAAAGAGCUGCUUCUCCACUGUCCAGACGCCGGCAGUGUCACAGACGAGGAGGGCCUCAGCCCCUUGCACCUGGCUGUAGGGGCCGGGCACUCAAAUGUCAUAAAGAUGCUGCUGCCGCAGGAGGUUUGUCAGCAGCCGGCGGCAGAGGAGCCUCGACCUCCAGAGUCCAAGCAGCUCCAGAGAAAGGUUGUAAUUCUCAAACUGACAGAGCACAGCAACAAAGACUGUCCUCAACCUCCAGCUUCACAGUGUGCCUCAGCACCAUGUUAGCAGAGAAAAAGACUGCUGCCUUUGUACAGAACUCUCAGCCCUGUUGUUUUUGUAUUUUUUGUUUUAUAUCCACCUUAGCUGUAUUACACUUGGGACGAGCAGAUAAUUAUUCUGACCUAAGUGUGUUUUUUGAAGCACUGUAGCUACUUCUUUAUUGCUGUAAAAGCAUUUGUGUUAAUAUGUUUACUGUAAAUAUAGAAGAUAAGAUAUCAUGCCUUUGUUUUUUGGCUUCUACUAAGGUGUUCUUUUAAUAUGCAAAUGAGUUAGUGACGUUAUGUAUUAUGAUGGUUGAAUUCUUAGGAGAACCCAAACCUGCUGUGGUGGCAUCAUGUAGCCUGUUAGCAGCCAUCACCAAAUCCACUGCAUUUACACGUGUUUUCAUGUUCUGUAGCCAUUUCAAAGCAGUGCUGCAUUACACAUUAAACAUUAUAAACCUUC